AUGAUUAAGAUUUCAAACUGUUUUGAUGGCUGCCUUGAACUCCGGGUGAGAUUCUUCACGUUUUUUUCCUUCGGGGUUGUCAAGUAUCUGGUCCACGAUUUUGUUGGCAAGCUCUCUGAGAAACAAAAAGACGAACUCGAGGGCCGUAUCGAGUCAUUCAACACCAGCUCGUUGAAUAUGCCAAAGCUGCAACCCAAAUAUCUAGUUUCGCAUGUCAAAUCAUUAAUCGGCAAGGAGUUUAAAAUCUUCCUUCAAGCUGCUCCAUUCAUCCUUUUCCCUUUUAUGGAUGAAGAUCAAAGAGAAAUUUUGAUUUCUUUAUGCACCCUCUCUUCUUAUGCCUUUCAGACACACAUCAAUAACAUGGAAGAUUUCCAGCUCAAUCUUUGA